AUUAGCACACGCCGCCAUGGCACCGUGAUAUGACGCCUGCGGUGCUGCUUCUGCCCUUUGGUACCUCUGCUUAAUCUGCGCUGCAUGUCGGCCCUGCCGUCAUGACUCUGUCCGAGCGUCAUGUCUGACCCUGAUACGGAGUCUGCGCCAGACAGCCGCGGCCCACUGUCAAAGCGAAAGCGUUCUCUGCAACAACUGCGCUCUGAUGGAGAGUCGCCGGCAUGGGAGCAAACGCCAGGGGGCAACAAACGCCCGAAAAUACAGCCAGAAGAAGGGGGAAAAGCCAAGCCUGCCAGGAACAAGGCCGGCUUGAAGCGCGAAACCAGCAACCUGGUCAGUUGCGUCAUUGACUGGCCACAAUCCUUCAAGUCCCUCGAGAAGACGCAUCGCGCUCUCAACUUGGUCUUUACUUUUUGCUGCACGCGAAAGCACCUAGCUACGACUUUUGAUACCAUCAGACCCGCUGUCGAGACCCACCUUGGGAGACAACUGACGGUCGAAGAGGUCGCCUUGGUGGUAGCCCUGCGGCCAGAAGGCAUCAACUUUGCCUACGUUGACGAGCUCAUGCUGCAGCUCGAUAUCAAGGGCUCGGAGAGGGAUGACACAUUCAAGCCGUCGAAGUCUGGCAGGUCACAGGUGCCGGCACAUGAUGCGUCUGUGGGCGGCUGGACGGGCAGUGAAACCCUGGAGGAGCACCACAAACGCCUUGCAGUCCCAGGCGGUAGAGAGGUGCUUUUUUUCGAGUUUAUUGACGGAGACCUUAAACGCCAGGUUCAGGAUAAAAAGACGGGCGAACCCACGCGACCUAAUCGGAAACUGCGCGAAGAGGAGCUGAAGAUGCCCGUCUAUGGUCAGAAGCAAAUGACCGAUUUGAUUGAGAGGCGAAACCAGAGAUUCGCCAACGCAGUCAAUAUCUUUAUAAACAAUUGCGUGGAAAGCAACCUUGAUCCGGACCUGGUCCUGGAGGAGCGGGCGCAGGCUUUUGUCCCAAAGCCAUCCUCCAAGGAGGACGAAAUCGUUGAGCAGGCGCCCAGCUCGAUACCCGAGAACAUACCGAAGGAGCGCAAGACCAUCCCGGAGAUUGUUCAGGAACUCAAGGACAGCCCAUGGUACACUGGUCAGGUUGUCCCCGACGGGCAUCGGGUGUUUGAGCCGCAGGAGCCAAUCUACGGCGACCUCAAUUUUUUACUCAGCCAGGAUCUGGUGAACGCGCUGUACAAUGCCAAGGGCAUCACCCAAUUCUUCGCUCAUCAAGCGGAGGCGCUCAAUUGUCUUCACGAUGGCCACAAUGUCGUCGUGGCCACCUCAACGAGCUCCGGCAAGUCUUUGAUCUACCAACUUCCAAUCCUCCAUGCCCUUGAGGAGGAUUACAACUCACGAGCGAUGUACAUUUUUCCGACGAAAGCGUUGGCGCAAGACCAGAAGCGCAGCCUCAAGGAGAUGCUGGCGUACAUGCCCGGACUUGAAGCUACUGUGGUUGAAACCUUCGACGGUGACACGCCCAUGGGCGAGCGGAAUGCGAUUCGGGAAGAGGCAAGGAUCAUUUUCACCAACCCAGAUAUGCUUCAUGUUACGAUACUUCCCCAGGAGGAGCGAUGGCGGACUUUCCUCAAGAAUCUAAAGUUUGUGGUUGUUGACGAGCUUCACUAUUACAACGGCCAGAUGGGCUCCCACGUCGCAUUUAUCAUGCGGAGACUGAGGCGCGUCUGCGCAGCUGUGGGAAACCGACGAGUCAAAUUCAUUUCGUGCUCUGCCACUGUAGCGAACCCUGAAGAGCACUUCAGGACCAUAUUUGGCAUCGAAAACGUGCGCCUCAUUGACUACGACGGCUCGCCUUCUGGCCGCAAAGAAUUCUUGUGCUGGAAUACCCCCUUCAAGGACCCGGGCGACCCCGCGAGCGGGCGUGGCAGCGCCAAAUUUGAGUGUGCCCGGCUUUUCUGCGCCCUCAUGCUGAGAGGCGUGCGAAUCAUUGCUUUCUGUCGCAUCCGGGCGCAAUGCGAAGUGCUGGUCAAUGCCAUCAAGCAGGAGCUUGAGUAUUUGGGCCGCCCGGAAUGCGUUAAUCUUGUAAUGGGCUAUCGCGGCGGGUACACUGCGCCAGACCGUCGACGCAUCGAGUCGGAGAUGUUCGAGGGCAAGCUACUCGGCAUAGUGGCGACAACGGCGCUGGAGCUGGGCAUCGAUAUCGGGACCCUCGACUGCGUCUUGACCUGGGGCUUUCCGUAUACCAUUGCCAAUCUUCGCCAGCAGAGUGGCCGGGCCGGUCGCCGCAACAAGGACUCCCUUUCCAUCCUGCUUGGAGACUGUUUCCCGACGGACCAGCACUACAUGCAGAACCCAGACGAGCUUUUCACAAAACCAAACUGCGAGCUUCGUGUUGACCUGCAGAAUAUGCUGGUGAGGGAAGGUCACAUUCAGUGUGCGGCAUAUGAAAUGCCGAUUCUGCCGGCGCGGGAUUCGCAGUUCUUUGGCGACGACCUUUCGACUAUCUGCGAAGAGAGGCUACUCAAGGAUGACAUGGGGUUUUAUCAUUGCCACGACCGCUUUCGCCCCAACCCGGCGCGGUUUGUCGCGAUCCGCGACACCGAGGACGACCACUUCGCCAUCAUUGACAUUACGCACGGGAGGAAUGUGGUGUUGGAGGAGUUGGAGGCAUCGAGGGCGACGUUUACAAUCUACGACGGCGCGAUAUUUCUUCAUCAGGGGAACACGUACCUGGUGCGGGACUUCGUGCCGGACAAGCUCAUGGCCAAGGUGGAGAGGGUCAAGGUGGACUGGACAACAACGCAGCGCGACUUUACGGACAUUGAUCCGACAGAGACGGAGGCGAUACGCAAGAUACCGUCGUCGCUCUCGCAGGCUUAUUACGGCACCAUCAAGAUCCAGCAAAACGUGUUUGGGUACUUCAAGGUGGACAAGAAAGGGCGGGUGCUGGAUGCAGUGCAGGUGGACAACCCACCGGUGAUACGCUAUAGCAAGGGCAUGUGGCUGGAUGUGCCCAAGAAGGCUCUCGAUAUCCUCGAGUCGCGGCGGCUGCACUCGGCAGCGGGGAUCCACGCGGCCGAACACGCCGUCAUGAGCCUGCUCCCGACGUUUGUCAUCAGCAUGCCCGAGGAUGUGCGGACCGAAUGCAAGGUUGCUCUCAAGGAGUUCGCCAAGAAGGAGACGCAGAGGAAGAGGCCGGCGAGGCUGACGUUUUACGAUGCCAAGGGGGGCGCCAACGGGUCCGGCAUCAGCACCAAGGCGUUUGACCACAUUGAUCACUUGCUGAGGAUGGCGCUGCAGCGCGUGGAAGGCUGUCAGUGCGAACGGGGCUGCAUCGAGUGCGUGGCGUCGGAGAUGUGCAAGGAGUCGAACGAGGUGAUGAGCAAGGCAGGGUGCCGGGUGGUGCUGCGAAGCCUGCUGAACCUCGAGAUUGACGUGGAGGAGCUGCCGUUGGGACCUGAAGACUUUAUGCCGACGGGAGUAGAGACGGUCGUGCUCGCGCAGCCGGUGCCGACGACGGGUGGGCAAGGACGGCGGGCGGGCGGGCUCGGGCCUGACGACGGCGAGAGGAGCGCGGCGGUCGGGAAGAAGAAGGAGAAGGAGGAGAUGAUGGGAGGCUUUGAGAGAUGGGUUGACGGCUAA